CCUGCACCUCAUCAGACCCAGAUAACAAUCUGAAUACGUGAUUGGAUAAUAAUCUUAGCUGCGGCUCUGCUCCUUUUUCCAAGAAAUUUUGUGUUGAUCUUUCGAUUUCUGCACUUUCCUGAGCCUCAAUUCUUGAUCAUAAUUAGUAGCGAAUUUUUUCUUCACCAGCACAAUGGCGUUCCUUUUCUUCCUUUUCACUCUCCUCCCAUUCGCUCUUCUUGCCACCUCCUCUUCAAGUUUAGUCUCGUCUCCACAAGGCUGCUUUAGCGACGCUGGCGACAUGCGAACCCCGGGCCCUUGGCGCUACAUGUCAGUCAGCUAUUGCAAUGAUAGCUGUCGGAGACUAGGCUGGGAUUUUGCUGGCUCGCAGGGCAAAUUCUGUUGGUGCGGCGACUCUCUCCCAUCUAUUGAUUCCGUUGUCCCCGAUGACGAGUGCGACGAGCCUUGUCCUGGAUACGCAAAGGAUAUAUGUGGUGGAAAGCACAGGUGGUCUGUGUGGGCGAUUGGUAGCGACGAGCCGAGCGCAUGGUUAUCGAGCAUGACUGCCAUAUCGACAAGCACGACAGAGGCAUCUACGGCUUCGGAGGCCGUUUUGUCGUCAUCAUCGGCCUCAGAGACCUCCUCGGUCUCUUCUUCAAGUACCGACACCAAUUCGGCAUCAACCUUCACCCAAACACCCUCUUUAGCAUAUGUAUCUGAAUCCCCGGCGUCAACCUCGACUAGCCUGGGGCCAACGCCAACAGAGAACAGUGCGGCUCGUCGUUACAAGAAACCUCCCAUUAAAGGGCGCAAGCGAAUGGUUAGACUGGAUGAGGUCUACUGUAACCAAGCGCAGGCAGCCACCGAUCCCAAUGUUUCUUUCUUCUACGCACUUCUGCUGCGCCGAUAUUCGUGGUAAACGCCGCUUGGCCCGCCAUGUGCUUCGCCUGGCUCAUCUAGAUUGGGCACAUUGCGAUGACGAUGGACACCAACCAAUCAGGUGACUAGUGCGACGCAGGCAAUUGAGCAGUCUAGCUGUCUACUCCUUAGUAGUAGCGAGAUAUCCUACAGCACUUUAUUCGCAAGUUUCGUAAUUCGAGUCUCAAAG